GCGCCGGUUCCAAUCAGUUGAGAAUUGCAAUUUGUCCGGUGGAAAAGUGCGGGCGUCUCCUAGACACGAACGGAUUUCCGAGUGGUGUGAGCUGUGUGUUGGGGAUCGCAAGGAUAUAGAGAAUAAAUGUUCUAUCUUCAGUGUCCAGUAGUACAGGACGAAAACUUUGAAGAAUGAUUAGGUUAUUGUUGGCUAUCUGUGUGGCGCUGGCUUGUGUAACUUUAGUACGAUCAGAUCAAUCGGAUUUUAAUCAUAUAAAUGGUGAUGGAUCAUUUAAUUUUGGUUUGAAAAACUCUGAUGUUGGUGGGCAUUACCAUACGGCAAGCGGUAAUCCAAAAACCGUAGUGAGAGGACGGUACGGAAGUCGACAACCGGAUACUGGUCGUGUUGAGGAAACUAUAUAUACCGCUGGUCCACGGGGUUUCCGUGCUCGGGGACCGAAAAUUCACCGCAAGCAGAGCCUUUCACAGGUACCCCGCGGGCCAAUAGGCAACCCGGAGGAUCCGUUGGCUGACCCAUACGACGACCCCAGCUAUGACUUCCAAUUUAAAACCCAGAGCUAUCAGCGCCGGGAGGGAGCCGACAGUAAUGGCCGGGUCAAUGGGUUGUACACCUACGUUGACGAUGCUGGCGAGAAGCAUUCCGUUCGCUAUUCAGCUGGCUCUGGAACAGGAUUUGAAGUAGCAAACCCAGUUCCAGAUGCACCGAAUACGUUGGCAUACGAAAGUCCCCUGUAUAAGACCCACAAACAAGUUCGCGGCAAGGUGGCCUUCGAAAAUGGUCCCAGUGGUUCUGGCCAAUAUAAACUACUGUCGGUUGGGCCGGACCAGCGGCGAUCGGAGACAACAGGACCAGAUGGAGUUACUCGGGGUUCGUACUCUUUUUUGGAUGACAAAGGAAUUCAACGAACUGUACAAUAUAUCGCAGGCGCUGGCAUUGGGUAUAAAGUUGUUCAAAGCACCACCGGAGCAGGCAGUCAUCUAUUGGCACAACCCGCAACCAAUUUCGGAAUCAGCCAUGUAGAACAAAGCGAUGUUACAGAUAACAAUAAUCCAGCCUACAAUACUGCUCCUUCCGGUCCAGGAUCGUUCCCUACUUCAGCUGACCGACCGAAACCAAGUGGAUCCAGACCAACAGCAGCCGGAUAUGAUGACGCACACCCAUCGGGAACGGGAUAUGAUAGUUCAAGACCCACAGGAAGUGGUUACGAUGGCACACUGCAGGAUCAUGAUGGCUACGAUAGUGGUCGGCCCAAAGGUCCGUCAUUUGAAGAUGACUUCGAUAGAAAAAGACCAACCACACCACCCAACAGAGUUUCGUCAAGCACAGACCGACCGGACCCAAGUGAAAGUAAACCGCGCUUUCCCGACGACGAUUCCGAUUACAGUGGGAAAGGUCAGGAAGACAGUAUUAUUGGACUCAUUCCUCCAAAGUAUGAUUAUGAACCCACUGAAGAAUCACCACUGUCAGGACCAUUCGAUAUAAGCAUUUCUAGCGGACCAUCUGGCCCAUCCGGAUCCAGUUAUCCCAACUUUGAGGAAUCUGCUCCGGGAACAUUCAACGCAAAUGAUUUUACCAACUAUCCUGAAGUUACUUACGAUCGAAAGAAGUUGGAGGAGGACAGAAAAAAGGACUGGCGUGAAUUCGCGAAAGAUUCAACGAUUAUCAAGAAUGUUGGCGAUUGGUACGUGGGGCUUGCCCCGGGAGCUUCGGUAAGGGCUCACAUACAGAACAUAGAUCUGUUGCCGUAUGGAGGACGAGCUCCGUCUCCUAGUGAGGCCCUCCGAAGGGAGACUCAACCAAAGAGAAAAACAAAACGUUCCCGCGAUCGACGGCGGAGAAGCGUUCGCAAGUGACUUAGUUACACAUUUAGGUGUUUUAUAAUCGCCAAAGUGUCAUUUUGGUCGAGUGAUAUAUGUUCAAAU